AUGCGCCUGUUCCUGAUCCCGAUCUCGACAAAACGAGUCCUCGUAUAUGCGCGACCCCUUCGCAAGGAUUUAGCGAAAGAGCUUUCAAUCCUUGACAGGAUCACAACAAAGGCGGCUGAAACAUGGGCGAAAUGGGAGGAAGCCGACAAAGGAUGGAAGAUGCACCUUGUUAGCUGGGGCAAUCGGGUCCAGCAACGGAUACCAUACGAAGAAUGGGCCCUUAAAAGCAUUCCUUCAUUCAAAACCCAGCAGCAAAUUAAUGGAGAUCAUGGAAAGACCAAGAUUGAUGUGUUGUUCCCGGAGCUUCAUCAGAAGAAGAUGAGGUGGAGCUUAAUACUUGCACCGAUUACAGCCCCUUUUGGGUUGGUACCAGUGGUCCCGAAUAUUCCCUUUUUCUAUGUGGCAUACCGGGGCUGGUCCCAUUGGCGCGCAUUGAAUGGCUCAAAACAUCUCGAAUUUCUCGUUGAAAAGAAUCUCCUCAACCCUGUCUCAUUACCGGAGCUAGAACAACUUUAUGCCAAACGCGCAUCUGGAGCACUUGAAGACACCACCGCCGGGGCAUCAUAUUCGGAGGUUGCCGAUGGCAUAGAGCAGAGCGAAGAUCGGGUCCUGUUGAAGAUGUCUGAUGCCAAGAAGUUGGCUACGAUCCUGGAAGCACCGGAGCUUGCGUUGGAAGCUGAACGAGCCAUUAUCCAAGUCCGUGAGCAGCUCAAGGCUGCAGCAAAGGCUGAAAAGGAGAAGAAAGACGAGAAGAAAGAUGAGAAGAAGGAUUCAUAA